AUGGAGAAUCUGCACCAGAAUGUUAUUCCUCAAGCCGUGGACGAGCUUGUAACGCCGGGCGACCACCAGCAGCACACCACCGCUGCCGCUAACACAUUAACAGCAUCAGAGGUAGACUCGCUGUUACAAAAUUGGACCCACGACAGCACUGGUCAGUUAGUCCGCAACCAGGCGGGGGGCGAUGCCGCCUUGUUGCCAGACCCAGACCGGCUCCGGCGGACGCGAGCCCUGGGAGAUGUCCUUCACACGGUCCAGCAGCUGUGGUAUGCAGGCUCUGAAGAGAUCGAUGCAGUUGCCCAGAUCCUCGCGAACGGGAGCAGAAUUGCGUCUUGGAGGCUCCCGCUUGGGGAUUCAGCCGUCUUUGACUUCUUCCUCGGCAUCCUUGCCGUCGACACAAUACGGCAGUCUCUGAAGUUACAGAUAUUGCGACUAGCUGGAAAUUGCUGUGCCGAUGCUGAUGAGAACCGCGCGCGCGUCGUCUCAUCCAAUCACAUGCCAGCCCUACUGGCUCAGCUGGAGGAUGACAGUCUGUUGCCGUUUGCUAUCCAGGUCAUCCAUAAUGUCAUGAUGGAUUAUGAGUCCACGCAGCUCGCAGCCUCGAAUGCUGGCCUCAGUGCGAAGCUCGUCGACCUCCUUGCCAGCCCGCGGUUCGCCCACUGCCAGCAUCUCCUCGGCAUGAUCGGCACCAUCUUUGAGAUGCUUGUUGGCCAUCAAUCCGAGGCGACCGUCGCCAAUCCGCAGACGCCUCUGAUCCUCCUCAACCUUGCCCUCAGUCCGGCUGUUGUUGAUGAUGCUGCCGAUGUCAUCCAGCUGACGUUGGUUGCGUUGUCAUACCUCUCCUUUGAGAGCCUGCAGACCGUCUUCGUCAGUUCAUACGGCAUGCCGAGUUUACUGGGCGCAUAUUACCACAUCUCCGCAAAGCUUGAUCCUACCGUCGUCGCCGAGGAAGACCUUGAGGCCCAACUGAAGCAAUUACGAAACACAUUCAUGCAGCUUCUGGCCGAUCUCUGCUACCUGCCGACUUUCAACCAAUGCUACGAACUCAACUCGCCCGUCUUCAAGACGUUCCAGUCCUGGCUGUCGUCCCCUGAGAAUCCCUCCCUCCAAGCCGCUGCCUGCCUCUGUCUCGGCAACGUCGCCCGAUCAGAUGAAGCCUCGCUUGCCCUCGUCUCAAACCACCAACUGCACACGCCCGUCAUCGCCAUCACCGCCGCCCAGGUCUCUCUCGCCACCGCCCAACCAGCGCAAGGCCCCUUUGACGCCGUGCUGCUCCAUUCGGCCCUCUCUCUCCUCAAGAACCUCGCCAUCCCCGCCUCCUCCCGGCCCUUGCUCGGCGACCUGCUCACCCCCGACCUCCUGCCCGCGAUCUGGUCUCUCGACCCAAACACCUCGAUGCAGACGCCGCAGCUGCACUUUGCCGCCGUCUCCCUCACCCGCCUCCUCCUCACAUCGACACCGCAAAACGUCCGCCGCCUCUGCGCCCCCCUGUCCCCCGACCCCCUCUCGCCUCUCAGCAACCAGCCCCUGCUGCACCGCCUCCUCGACGUCUUUGCGCGCGCCGACCCGACCCAGGCCGCCCACACCCGCACCGAGGCCGCGCGCGCCGCCCUCGCCGUCGUGCGCGUCCUGCACACGACGCCCGUGCCCCCGCUGCUGCCGGACUGGGACCCGCGCGACGACGGGUACGUGUUCCGGCGCGAGGGCGCGCCCGUCGUGCCGCCGCCGCCGUCGUCGUCGCCGGCCGGGGAGGACGUUGCGCGGCCACGGCGGGAGGUGUUUUACCGGCGCCACGGGGCGCUGGGCAAGACGCUCGCGCACCUCGUCGUGCAGCCCAAGUUUGGCGUGCUGCGGAGCGAGGCGUGGUUUGUGUUUGCGCUCAUGGCGAGGAGCGAGGACGGCGCUGGCGUCGUGUCCAAGGUGCUUGCUGUGCCCGGGGCGUGGGAGGCGCUUGUUGAGAGCAUCACGGGGAGAAGAGAAGGUGAAGAGCGUUCGGUCGAGACGGCGGGGACCGGGGGCGAGGUCACUAUUAGUACGGAUGCUGCCUCUGUCGUGGACGGGCUGCAGCCGCAGCAGGUUGAUCCGGAGCAGGCGGAAGGGAUGGCCAGGGUUGAUCGGGAGAAUGGCUUGGUGCUCGUGUCCGAGCUGGUCAAGCAUGCUGGGGAGGAUUUUCCCGCGGCGAGAAGAGCAGCACUGGGAGAGAUGCUGAAGGAAGGCGGGGAGUUGGUGGCCGAGGGUCGAAAGGAUGACGGCGCGAAGCAAGUCUGA